UUUCCUUGUAACUGUAUAUAUAUUUUGCUGUUGCUAUGAAAUACAAACCAAGCCUUUCUCCACAUUUCCUAUUGUUUAACAUGGUAUCAAAGCUUUCUAAAAUUUAGAUUUUUUUUUCUUUUCGAUCCUGUGUAUUUUUUUUGGUUCUUCUUCUACAUAUUUGUGCAAUUAUUUGAUGUCUGCCUUUUGAUUGCAAUGGGCGACGAAGAGAAGCAACCUACACAACCUCGCUAUGAAGCUUUCUCUAAAUAUUAUCUUCAUCCAUCUGAGGGUACGGGUACUGUGAUUAGCCCUAUUCUACUAAGGGGAAACAACUACGACCAGUGUGUGCGAUCUCUCCGCAAUAAUCUGAAAGCCAAGAACAAAUUGGGGUUUAUUGAUGGCACCAUCUUCGAACCUGAACCGACAUCCGAAGAAUACGAACAAUGGGGUCUCUUAAUGAUGGACCCUUUUCCCUCUUUGAAUAUUGCUUAUGCUAAGGUAGCUACUGAUGAGCGCCACCAUACUGUUGUCGAGGCCCAAGAAGCUCGGCCUGACAAUGUUGGUUUUGCAGCAAGUGGUUCGGCUAGUGGUCGUCUUGUUCCUUUUGGAAAGACGGCUACUGGAGACGAGUCGCGAGUCUGUUCUCAUUGUGGUGAAAAGGGCCAUGAAAAGGCUCGGUGUUUCAAGCUCCAUGGAUACCCAGAUUGGUGGGUUGGAGGACGUGGCGGCCGUACUGGUGGUCGCGGUGGACGCUCUGGUGGGCGUGGUGGACGAGGCUGUGGUGGCUUUACCGGCAAUACAGGUACACGAACUGGUGAUGCUUCCUCUUCACAGCCCCUUGGUGAGUCAGAUCGCCAAAGUGUUCCUACUCUCAGUGAUUCUCAAUUCGUUCAACUCAUGUCUGUUGUCGAUGGUGCUAAGUCCACUAAUGAACAUUUGAAUGGACCACACUUUGAGGAACCUGAUUGGAGCGGGGGUGCAGUGUGACGGGGUCUAUUGGUUUUGGAAGAUUCUUAGUAUUCAAGCAAAUCAAGGAGCAGUUGUAGACACCUACUUUUGUCCCCAUUCCCGAAAGGGAAUGUUCGAUGAUGAAAACGUAAAUCUCCACUUGACAACGCAUCUCCUAUAAAAUAACGAAUCUCAAUUCCCCUUUUCAUUUCACCCGAAACCUGCUAUUUAUGGAAACCUGCGAAAAAUAGUAACUGCCGCAAAGGGUAGUUGCUAAAAGUAGUAAGAAUAAAAAGA